CCUGGACGUCAACGGGGGGCACAGGGUCGACGAACCAGCCAAUCGUGCGGGGGCCCGUGCAUCUGAAUUCUAACGAGGCCCACCUGUGGGUAUAUAUGAGCUUAAGCCCGCGGCUUCGUCCGCGCUUUUUCCGAAGUGUCUCUCCGCCGCGCAGGUGAGUCCACCUCCUCUUCUGUCCGCUCUUUCUCGCGAGAGAAUAUUGCCCCGCAUUCUCUACGGUGAGUCUCCGCGGACUCCGUUCGUGUAUCUCCGAGCAGUGUCUUCGAAUCAGUCGGUGAGGAUCUCGUCUCAUCGCGAUUUCCAACGGAACGCUCGCGUAAAAUCGACGCGUGGCCGCGCGCUCGAUUCGACUCUCGGAUCGGUCAGUGGAUCCUGUUCGCGACGUAUCGAUUCCAAGAUGGGGAAGCUGCUGUUUUCCUUGCCCUUGUUCCUGGCGCUCCUGGCCUACGGAGCAGCUGAGGCGCCAAGGUUGGUCUGUUACUUCAGCAACUGGGCUAUCUACCGUCCGGAUGUGGGCAGCUAUGGCAUCGACGAUGUUCCCGCUGACAUGUGCACGCACGUUAUUUACUCCUUCAUCGGCGUGAGCAACGUCACCUGGGGUGUACUCGUCCUCGACGAAGAGCUCGACGUCCAGAAAGGCGGCUUCAGCAAGUUCGUCGCUCUGAAAGAGAAGCAUCCGCACCUCAAGACCCAGGUCGCGAUCGGUGGUUGGGGCGAGGGUGGUAGAAAGUACAGCGCGAUGGUCGGCGUGAAAGCCAGACGUGACUCGCUCAUCAGCAGCGUCGUCGAUUUCAUGAACAAGUACAAGUUCGACGGCUUCGAUCUCGAUUGGGAAUAUCCGGCCGCUACUGAUAGAGGCGGCACCUUCAGCGACAAGAACAACUUCUUCUACUUCGUCGAAGAGCUGAGGACCGCGUUCGACAAAGCUGGCAAAGGCUGGGAGAUCACGAUGGCGGUGCCGAUGGCUACGUUCCGUCUCAACGAGGGGUACCACGUGCCAGAGUUGUGCGAACUCGUCGAUGCCAUCCACGUGAUGUCUUAUGAUCUUCGUGGCAACUGGGGCGGAUUCGCCGACGUCCACAGCCCGCUCUACAGGAGGCCUCACGAUCAGUACGCUUACGAGAAGCUGAACGUGCACGAUGGUCUUAAACUCUGGGAGGACAAGGGAUGUCCCGCCAACAAGCUCGUCGUAGGAAUCCCGUUGUACGGGCGUACUUUCACUCUCAGUCAGGGCAAUAACAACUUCAAGCCCGGCACUUACAUUAACAAGGAAGCGGGUGGCGGCGAACCCGGCAAAUACACCGGAGCUAAAGGAUUCUUAUCUUACUACGAGAUCUGCAUGGAACUCAAACAGCCGGAUCAAAACGGAUGGACCAAGGAAUACGAUGACGUGGGCAAAGUACCCUAUAUGUACAAGGCAGCAGGACGAAGCCCCCAAUGGGUUGGCUACGAAGACGCUGACAGUAUCGUCCACAAGAUGAAUUUCCUCAAGGAAAAGAAAUAUCUCGGUGCCAUGGUCUGGGCGGUCGACAUGGACGACUUCAGAGGACUCUGCGGUCCUGUGAAUCCUCUCAUGACCGCAAUUUACAACGGUCUGAAGGGUUACACGGUAACACCCACGGAUUACAAGACAACUCCCAGGCCCGAGUGGGACAGACCACCCAGCACUACCCCCUCGACAGGUGAGGAAAAACCGAAACCACCUAAACCCACCACGAAACCCGAGGUGACCACCGAAGUACCUCGUCCUACGCAGUCUACGUCGAAACCAGUGGAUGAAAACGAAGUUCAGUGCAACGGCCAGAGUAUCAUCCCCAGUAAAGAUUGCUCAACGUACUUCGUCUGCAAUCACGGCAAACCGAUCAAGACGAAGUGCCCGGUUGGUCUGAUCUUCCAAGUCACCAAGCUCAUUUGCGAUUGGCCGGCCAACGCCGAUCGCGCGGAGUGCAAAAAUAUCUAAUUUUUCGGUGAUUUGACUCAAUCGUUCAGCGUUUUUAUUGAUCCAUACAUCUCUCAGAUCCGCGGGGCAGUUUAUUGCGAUAAUUCCAUAUGACAGAACAUUCGUUACAUGUUACUAUUUGUUGUUGUGCGCGAGAGCGCGUGCGAUACGAAUAUCGCCGCGAGCCACAAUAAAUCAUCCGCAGUUUAUCAAA